AUGCGGUACAUCGAAUAUACAUUUGGAAUACUAACUAAUAAAUGGCGGAUAUUUCAUCGACCUUUAAACGUUUCGAUGGAAAUUACAGAAGAAAUUGUCAAAGCAUGCUGUGUAUUACAUAACUUCGUAAGAGCAAGCGAUGGAGUGCAAUUUGAUGAUAUACUGAAAGUUAAUGGGUUUGAUGAAAUGCAUAGUCCAUCUUCCACUAUUCUAGGAGGCAGAAAAGCAAAUUACAUUAGAGAUCAAUUUGCAGAUUAUUUUAUUUCUCCAGAAGGAGAAUUGCCAUGGCAAUACACAAAUAUUUAA